AAUGAGGUGCGCAGCGGGCAAAAUUGUGGAUUGGCUGUAGUGGUUCAAUAUGAACGCUUGACGCUAAUUCUAGCGGGUAAUACUUCGUCCAGUGAAUGAAUAUUCAAAUAUGAACAGUCACCACUGCAAUAAUCCGGGAACUUCAAAAUCAGCGGGAAGAUCAAGAGGACCAGGUCGCACAUCUCUUGGAUAUCCUUUCAGGUUCCCAAUGAAUGCAACAAUUGCAUCAUCUGCAAUAAUUAAUAACGGGUUUGCUGGAGGCUACAACAAUGUCUUUCCAAUGGAGCAUUCCAAUGGUACAUCAGCUGCUUCUAACGCAUUGAAUAACCAGUAUCUUCUUCACGGACAUCCAAUGGUUUCACCCGCAGUACGUGGCAUUACAGACCAUUUCUCUGGUACACCAAUUGGCGGUUCUAAUGUAUAUACUGCUGAAUUAACUGCAGAAUAUGCAACCACUUUUGCUCCUGACGAUGACUGCUCUGGCAAUUCUGACCUUUGUCCAACACCAUCUGACUUUACCUCAGUCAUGAGGCACUAUGAAGAAUUGAAUGCAAAAACAGGAAGUUCUCGAAAAUUGCCAUUAAACAGUACACAGCACCAGCCUUCUAACAUUGAACCUAAAUUCAAGAAUGUUUAUCAGCAAACAGAACAUGUUCUGCAAAGAAAUGUAUCACAACAGACUUUUCCAUACCAUUGUAAUGAAGAUAACUGCCCUGAACCAGAUGAACAAUUCUGUCACCUUGAUGUCAAACGAAGAAAGACAAGUGUUGAAAGCAUGAAGCUUACCACUCGAAAGAUCAACCUGAAAGGUGUUGCAGGAUUAAGUGAUGUCAAGAUUGUUAUUCAAGAAACUUUCUUACUUCCUUUAACUCACCCACAUUUAUAUAAAUUAUUUCCAGGAACAGUAAAGAGAUGUUGUCGAUGUCUUUUGUAUGGACCACCUGGUACAGGCAAAACUUUAUUAGCACAAGCUAUUGCUUCUGAACUCGAAGCAGGCUUGUAUUAUGUGUCUUGUGCUGGAAUAUUAUCAUGCUAUGUCGGGGAAAGUGAAAAAAAUGUUAGAGAACUAUUUGAACAUGCUUUGGGACAAACAAAUCCAUCUAUCAUAUUCUUUGAUGAAAUAGACAGUGUGUGUCGGAAGCGAACUGAUAAAGAAUCUGAGCAUAGCCGAAGACUCAAAACUGAACUUCUCAAAUAUUUUGAAAAUCCAGCCUUGGAAGAAAGCCAUGUUUAUGUUUUAAGUGCAACCAACUGCCCAUGGGACUUGGAUCCAGCAUUUUUACGACGUUUCCAGAGACAUAUUUAUGUUCCUUUACCAGAUAGAGAAGCAAGGCAGCAGAUAAUUGCUCAACGAUUAAAUGGAUUGGGAGUAUUAUUAAGUGAAGAAGACUGGUACCAAAUUCUCAACCAUACUGAAGGUUUCUCUGGAUCUGAUCUUACCAACUUUGUCAGUAUUGCAGUGGCUCAACCAAUCAGAGAAAUUUUGCGAGCAACAUAUUGGAGAUGUCCUGAUGGGGAACAUAUAAUGCCCUGCGAUCCAAGUGCACCUGAUGCUUUCCAUGCUACUCUCAAUGAUGUUCCACCAGAAAAGGUGAAAGCUCGUAGUGUGGUUUUGAAUGAUUUUCUGUAUGCUAUUCAAGAAACUCCCAAGACUGUUACUGAUGAACACAUCCAACAAUUUGAAAAUUUCAAGAAAUUGUUUACUCGAUAGAUAAUUAAUUGUGUUGUUUGUUCUAUACAUUUGAUUUAAAGAAUGUUCUGUUUGCAUUUACACAUAAUUCAAUGUUGUUACUUAUUAAUAGUUUUUUUUUGUUUUACUGCAAUUUAUCUAAUUUUUGGCAUUUCACUGUAAUUUUGUUAUUUGUCAAUGAAUUUGUUGAGUUGCUUACCACAACACGCAA